AUGUCUUUUCAGACCCUCGAAAGGCAUCGGAAAAUUGUUGAGCAAAAUCACCAUCGCAAUCCUCAAACCUGGGAUACAAUCAGGCGCAUCAUUAAUUGGCUAGAUGUGGACGGCAUGAGCGGGGAUGAGACAGAAACCCCUCUGGGUGUGAAUCCAAAGAAAGUGAGGCGAGUGGCUCUCCCGUGGAUAAGCCCAGAGAUCACUGGUCUUCUUCACGCUGUCGAGUCCUAUGCCCCUGCCACAUACGAGGAAAACAUGUCAGUUCCAGUUGGGAAUGCAUCGCUUCCCCACCUCAUGGAGGCCAAACGUACCUCACAAAACUCUAUUGCAAUCGCACGGCUGCCUCGUAAUUGGUAUGAUGGCAACUGGUACAAAGUUAAUUCAAGCAGUGCUAAGGCACUUCUUGGGGUUCGCAAGGACUUUGAAAUUCUGUUCUUGGAUGUGUAUUAUUCUGCGAACGACAUUCGUCGAUGA